CAGCUUUUUGGGCUGUUACGUUACGUUGACGACACAUUCACCGCCGUACACAAAGACGGAAUCGACGAUUUUCACGAACACCUUAACAGACAGAACGCGGACAUACAGUUCACAAAGGAGAUCGAAGAAAAUGGUAAGAUAACUUUUCUAGACUACUUGGUCACUCGCCACAACAACAAACUAAAAACGACUAUUUACAGAAAACCGACACAUACCGACCGAUUAUUACUAGACCAGUCUUCGUACAACCCGACCUCUCACAAAACUACUACUAUCCGGACUUUGACAAGACGAGCGCAGCUAGUUUGCGACUCACCUGACAGCCUACAAGACGAGACUGAUUAUCUUAACAACGUUUUUAGUAAGAACAAUUACACAAUGGACUUUGUUAGAGGGAACACUCACAGUAACCCCGAUUCCAACACUCAGACCAACUCUGGCCCUGUUACGACAGCGACUAUACCGUACAUGAGAGGCACCUCUGAAACUAUUGCACGUAUAUUACAACCUUACAACAUACGUGUUGCACACAAACCGAUAACCACUUUACGGCGAUUGCUUACUAAUGUCAAGGACAAAGACAAAUCGGAGGACAGACAGGGAGCAGUAUACAAGAUCAAAUGCUGCGACUGCCAGGCUUCUUACAUUGGUGAAACCGGCAGAAACCUACGCACGUGACUGACCGAACACAAACGAGCGACGAGGAAUGGUGACGUCAACAAUCACAUUGCUGAGCACCAUUUACAGACAAAACAUCGAAUUGACUGGGACUCUGCGACAUGUAUAACGUAUUCUACAGACUACUAUCAACGUCUUACUUUAGAAAUCUGGUUUACUAACUUAGAACAAACGCCACUGAAUCGUAGCCAACAGUUACCAGCGCCGUACAAACGACUUCUUGACGAGAUCAAGCAAAACUAA